AUGCAACGUCUCCGCUUUGCGCGUCAGAUCGUGUGGAAAGUCUCACGCGUUUUUGAACUCUUGAGUAAUUACACAGCGAUGAAUCAUAACGCCGAAAUAAUCGCAUAAUCAGGGAUUCCAGGCGGUUCUUUCAGUACUGGGAAUGAAACAGCAGAGGGACGCGGACUGUUAGGACGUGUCGGGGCGGAAUCGGAUGUUGUUUAGGUUCGCUGAGGCCGGUGGUCAGUGUGUUUGACAGAAUGACAGGCGCGGUUCUUGUUUUCUCAGUGCAAACGCUGUAGAGUCGCGGGUGUGUUCGCCUUCCUUCAUGUUUAUUAGGGCUCCAGUGUGUUUCAGUGCCGCGAUGAUCCGGCAGGCUUUGGUGCGCUCGCUUGCGACCCGUCACGCGUCCGGAGCGGGUCACCUGCACCGGCGGUUCCUCGGUACACACCGACGCAAAAUCAAACCCGAGCAGCUGGAGCUCCCGAACCAGGCGCGGGAGUUCGUGUACAGCCUGAGCCCGGCGAACCGGAGCUGCUUACUCAAGGAGCUGCAGAACUUCGAGUCCCAGACUCAAGAUUCGGGGGAAUCGUCUCCACCGACGGCGGCGCAGCUCAGAUACAUUCUCCUGCACAACGCCAUUCCCUUCAUCGGCUUCGGCUUCCUGGAUAAUGCCAUCAUGAUCGCAGCUGGCACCCAGAUUGAACUGUCCAUUGGAUUGACGCUGGGAAUAUCCACCAUGGCAGCGGCGGCUCUGGGGAAUCUGGUGUCUGAUCUGGCUGGACUCGGUUUAGCAGGUUACGUGGAGGCUCUGGCUGCGCGCUUCGGGAUGCAGAUUCCUGAUCUGACGCCGAAACAAGUCGAUAUGUGGCAGACCAGAGUCACUUCACACAUGGGUAAAGCCAUCGGCGUCGCUAUCGGAUGCAUUCUGGGAAUGUUUCCGUUGCUCUUCUUCAGCGAUGAUGAAGAUAAGGAGGAGGAGAAGAAGAAGAAUCAUCCGAAGUCAAAAUGACAGGCUUUUCUAUCAGCAUGACAACAACGAUAUUUAUAUUGGCAAAGUGAAGAAAAUCAAGCGAAAGAACAAAAGUUCAUACGGUAAACGCCAUCAAAGUAAUAAAAAAAAAUCAUUAAACAGUAGAAAGUAGCUAUUACAAGUAGUAGGUAGUUAAAAGUUUAAUCUAGAGAUGAAGACUAGAUGUUAUAAUGAGCAUGAAUUGAGUUUCUCUCUUUAUCACAAACACUAUUUUAAAGACCCGUUCACAACAAGAGCAAUAACUAUAACGAUAGUUUAAUUCGUUUUAAUAAUCACUACACACUACAAUGAUAGUGAUAACGACAGAGGAAUUAUAGAAAUCAAUUUGAACAAUUUUUACAAAACAAUCAGCCAAUCAGAAUCAAUCUUGUUUUAAAGUCACAUGUAUUUCUGCAGCGCUUUAUACAGUACAGACUGAUUCACAGCAGCUUCACGGACAUGAACAAGAUAUUUCAUCUAUUAUAAAUCUAAUCCAAAAGUUCUGCUCUCACUAAAGAUGAAUUGUCUUAACCUGAAUAUUGUUGCAGUUAUGAUUCUCGGUGUGAACGGGCCUCUCUUUACCUUUUUAUUGUUUGUUUUCACUGAUAUUUUGACUGGUUUGCUUUAGAUUUUAGCAGCAUGCGGAAAUGUUUAGUGAAGAAUGAAGUUUAUGUUAGUUGUGUUAUGUUAGAAGUGACCGGCGUCCGAGAUUAACUUCCGUCUGAACGUGGGUGAAAUAAGAGCACUUACUGGAGAUGAAUAUUUUUAAACUGUGUUCUGUAUUAUAUCUUUGCAACAUUGUGAAACAAAAACCCCGUUUUACUUUGUUAAUCUUGGACGCUGGCAGUGGCUACUAACUGUUAUAGUCACAUAUCAAUAUGAUUUCAACUGGAACUCGUUUUAUUCUGGACAGCACAAGUCUUUUUACUCUCAUAAACGAGUAUGUGAUGUUUUGCACUCCCAUCAUGCAUCUGAGACAUAAACUAAACCUCGCUGAGCUGCUGGGUCGUGACGUCAGAUGAACCCGGAGCUCUCGUGCAUCGUGGGUUUCCUCAGCAACGUGUCAAAAAUGAACGAACCGCUUGUGUUUUACUCAGUUCAGGUCACGGUUUCUGCAGCUCUUAUUUUGCGCUUUCAUAAAUUAAGGCUUAAAGUCUUAAACCACAGCAGAAAGUCAUGGCAUGAAAUGCAUGCACUGCAAAAAAUGAAUAUCCUGCUUUCCAGUACAAAUAUGUAAACUGAAAUCCUGAAAUCAAGAUGCAUUUAUUGAAGAUGCAAAAAUAGCUCAUGAAGUCUUGUUUUCUAUGGAGUGACUUUGAUUAAAAUAAGAACAAAUUUCCGUCAGUGGGGGAUGAAAAUGUUUUCCUUUUGAAUUAAGCUGAUUUUUCUGACCCCAUUGUUUUUGUUUUAAUCAUCAGCUCAUUUUCAAUUUCUCAUUAAACAAGAGUCAUAUCUUCAUUUUGUUCUUCUCCAGUAAAUCCGGUCGUCUUGAUUUAACAAUGUUUAAAUAUUUGUUUAGAUACUGGACCACAAAACCAGUCAUAAGGGUCCAUUUUUUUAUUUUAGGAUUAGAUUUAUACAUCAUCUGAAAUAAAUAAGCUUAAAUAAUAUGAAUAAAUAAGAUGAAUAAACAAGCUUUUCACUGAUGUGUGGUUUGGACAAUAUCUGUAAAAUAAAAAUCUGGAAUCUGAGGGUGCAAAAAAAUCUAAAUAUUGAGAAACACGCAUUUAAAGUUGUUCAAAUGAAAUUCUUAGCAAUGCAUAUUACUCAUCAAAAACUAGGUUUUGAUAUAUUUACUAAGGCAAUUUACAAAGUAUCUUCAUGCAACAUGAUCUUUACGUAAUAUCUUAAUGAUUUUUGGCAUAAAUGAAAAAUCAUUUUGACGCAUACAAUGGAUUUUUGGCUAUUGCUACAAAUAUACCCGUGCGAGUUAAGACUGGUUUUGUGCUCCGGGGUCACAUUUGUACUGGAAAACAAGACAAAAAUACUAAGAACAUCAGGUUUUGCUGUGUAAUCUGAAGGAUUUUAUUGUUUGGGAGGAGAGGCAUUUUUGCAAAAUGAAUAUAAUGGAGAUCUGUUGGAAGUUGUAGUUAUUUAACGUUAAAAGUGUUGCUCAUGUGAGACAUUUACAUUCAGAGAGUGAUAUAUUGUGCUCUUGUCAAUGAAUUGCUUACAUUUUCUUGACUUGGUCUUAGAAAGUCUUAAAUUUACCUUCAACAAACCUGCAGAAACCCUGCAAAUAUGCAUCACUCAGAUAUGAUUAAAUACUUUUUUGUUUUGUUUUUUAAUUUCUUUUGGUUUUGCCAAAUCAUAAUCACUCCAGUCCUAGUAAUUGAGCGUGACUGAACGAUUAAAAGGGUCAUAAAUGAAUGUGCCAGAAUGAAGGAGUGCAAUUGUGCACAAAAAAAAAAAAAAUAAAUAAUAUAAAUAAAGUAUAAAUAAAUAUAAUAAGUAUACUAUUAAAGUAUAAAUAAUAAAUUAAUAAAAACAUAAAAAAUCAUUACUUAAAAAAAGUUCUAAGCACUAAAUCUAUAUACUAGAUGUAUUUUUUAAAAAUUAAAAAAUUACUAAAACGCACAAACUGAAAUAAAAUGUAAUUAUUAUUUCAGCUAUUUUAACAUUUCUCAUUUCAUUUAAGUGCUAUAAUUAAAACUAAAAAAAAUUAUAAAAGCGCACAAAAAAUACUAAAACUUGAACUGAAAUUUUAAAACAAAAUAACUAUAGCUUUAAGAUAACACAGAUUGAAGAAGAUGUGCGUAUGAAUGUUUGCAAUGUUCUCAGUCUGAUCCUUCCUGAUGGAAACCCAUGAUUCCUCCGGGUUCAGAAGCUGAACGUCUCGAUCUCGACUCAAGAGUGCCUCCAUGUAGUUCCUGUAGCAGAUGAUUUCCGAUGUGCUGAAAUGACAUUCGUGUAAAGAUGUCGACCUCUCAUGCGGAUUAGCUGUUAUUGGCCGUUCGGACGCGGAAACGCCGUUCGAGCAGAAAUACCUCUGCGGUGAUGUUUUAGUAGUUUGAUGAUCAAAUGACUAACGGGUCAUAUAUCACGAAUAUGCCCAAAACACGUGUUACUAACUUUAGUGCAUACUUAUUAUUGGACACUAUGCAUUCUAAUAAAUAUUCAUGUAUAUAUAAUUAUUGCACAGCUGUCUCUGGGUAGUGGGCAUGGAGUCUAUUUUACAGUAUUUUGCAAAUUCUACGAUUAUUUUUGUGAGACUACACGGAAUAUUUGUACUUUUUAUAAAUUCAUUUGCCACUCCACAGAACUGGUGAAGUGAACCGUACAAGUUCAAGCACAUAGAAUAGACGUUUUUGUUCAACAAUAUUGAUUGAUGUUAUUUGUGAAUGUGCUUUUGUGAACACUGAGCUCUUAAUGUUGUAUUGCUUUCAUCAUAUUUGCUGAAUUGGCUUCCGUUAUUAGAUCCAGAUUCUCUUUAUAUUGGGUGUUUUACAGAGAAUUGUCAAAUGAAUUAUAGGUAACGCUUUACAAUAACAUUAACAUGCACUAACAAGGAUUUCAUAAUCAACUUGAAUUCAAUAAUUGAUGCCGAAAUUAACAUUAUUUAGCUGAUAUGAACUUAAAAAGCAAUGCAUUCAUGCAUUAACUAUUUGGACCUUAUUGUAAAGUGUUACUGAAUUAAAAAUGAAAUCAACAUC